AUGGUGGUCAGCACAGUUAUUGAAAAGCCAUUUAUUAAGUUAGAUGCGGACCUUAGUGAAGGUAUCACAUAUGAUAGUAGAAACAGGUCAUUACUAUGGAUUGAUAUAAAGAGGGGAUGUGUCUAUAGAACAUUUCUUAGUGGAAAGGAAGAACCAGGAGAGGUUAAGUGCUAUAAAGCGGAUAGUUCAGUGGGUGUGAUCGGCCUUACCAGUGAUGUCGACAAGGUCAUUGUUGGAGCUAGCAAAAGUGUGAAGAUUCUCAAUAUGAAAACAGGUGAAACAGAGGUUGUUGCCAAAUAUCCGAAAGAUAACGUUGCCUCCAAUGGUUGGCAGCUCAGAUCUAAUGACGGAAGCGUUGAUAGCAACGGAAACUUUUGGGUGGCAUCUAUGUGCGACUUCUCUUGCCCAGAGGUGUUGGAUUUGGGAACCUUGUACCGUUUGAACGCAAGAACCCUUAAAAUGGAACCAGUUAUCACUGGAACGGGCAUUUCAAACGGAUUGAAUUGGUAUGACGGACACAUGUAUUGGACAAGCUCAAAGGAGCAUAUAAUUUACAAAUUUGAGGCAGAUAGUGCAACACAAUUGCCAGAUUUGGAAACAAAAACACCAUUUGUUAAGAUAGCCGAGGUGUUCAAAGGCUAUUCUGAUAAAAGUUUUGUCAAAGGUGAACCCGAUGGAUUCUGUAUGGAUAGCCGUGGACAUAUCUUUACAGCCGUUUGGGGAACAAACCGCGCCAUAGAGUUAGAUACUAGCGGUAAACUUGUUCGUGAAUUCAUCUUUCCUGCUAAAAGGGUCAGCUGUACCACAAUUGGGGGAAAAAAUAUGAACACACUAUUCGUGACGACCGGCCUAAAUGAUGAGCCAGAUGCAGAUCCAAAUGAUAUGGGAGGAUGCAUUUUUAAGGUUGAUCUCGGAAGUGGCGUGAAAGGUGUCGAAAAAAACAAAUGGAAAGGACCAUUAACUGCCUAA